UUCGUUUCAUUGCGGAGACCAGAGGCUGGCCCUGGGGUUGGAGCAGAUCGGAAGUGGAGUUCUGAGACGGGAUUAUCAUUAUCAUCAUCAUUAUUAUUAUUAUUAUCAUCUUCUGCCUGUGAAAGAAAGCAGGCUACGUGAUGGCUUCGGCAGGUUUCGGGAGGGGUUAAUUGGGUUGCGGUUGCAUACUGUAAUUCGGUGUAUUGUAGCCAUGGCAACGAGCGCGGUUCCAAGCGACAACCUUCCUACUUACAAACUGGUGGUGGUGGGGGACGGGGGCGUUGGGAAAAGCGCGCUUACCAUUCAGUUCUUCCAGAAGAUCUUUGUUCCCGAUUACGACCCGACGAUAGAAGACUCCUAUUUGAAACACACAGAGAUCGAUGGGCAGUGGGCAAUACUUGAUGUGCUGGACACUGCUGGGCAGGAGGAGUUCAGCGCUAUGAGGGAGCAGUACAUGAGGACGGGCGAUGGAUUCCUCAUAGUGUACUCGGUGACAGACAAAGCAAGCUUCGAGCACGUUGACCGAUUCCACCAGCUCAUUCUCCGAGUCAAAGACAGGGAAUCCUUUCCAAUGAUACUGGUUGCCAACAAAGUAGAUUUAGUGCACUUAAGAAAAGUUACAAGUGAGCAGGGUAAAGAAAUGGCAGCUAAACAUAACAUUCCGUACAUAGAAACGAGUGCUAAGGACCCUCCAAGUAAUGUUGACAAAGCAUUUCAUGACCUUGUCCGGGUAAUCCGGCAAGAAAUACCAGAGAAAAGCCACAAGAUGAAAAAGAAAAGGAAGUGGCGUGGGGAGCGAGCGGGCGGCUCCCACAGACUGCAGUGUGCCAUCCUGUGACAGAGCAAAGCAGGCAUCUCGCUUUACAAAAACAAAACCAUUGGAAGUGCCUGCUGCUUCUAACUGAGGAUGAGAGAGAGAGAGUGCCAGUCUCGCUCCUCCAGCUGAGCUGUCCUGGCCACAGACAAGUGUCAGCAUUCACGAUGCAGUAUUCCUCAAGGAGAGAAAUAUGAAGUAACAUGCUUAAACCGGUUUUAUAAAAUUCAAAACGAUUUCAGGUGUUAGAUUAUAGUCUAACUGUCCUUACAGCGAAUGCACCCUCUUGGUUUUUUCAUCACUAUCCAGCUGAAGAAGGAUUUGUAGCUUGAAACAGUCUGAUACAAUCACAUUUGUGUACCUGCAUUAUCAUUUUCUUAUUUAUAUAAUCACACACACACUGUACUUGUGAAUCUGUAGCCAUUUCAGGGGGCAGCUGUUUUGAAGAGACUGCUAUUCGAAUGCCCCCGUUUUCACAUUUUACUCUGAAGAAAAGUAAACGAACACUGGAGAAAAAAAAGAAUGUGGCUAUUUGUAUUAGGGUUUAGAACAGUGCCAAAAAAAGUGAAGUGAAGUGAAGUGAAGUGAAGUGAAGUGAAGUGAAGUGAAGUGAAGUGUGAACGUCACAAUGAAUUCCAGCAGGCGUGGGACUCCAGACAUUGUGUCAAAUCUUGGAAAGCUGCCAACAUACAACCUACAACUUCACAUUUAACAAGACUGUAGUUGUAUUUUUGGCGUGUUGGAAGUGUGCAAAGUGUUUCAUUGCAUUUUUUUUUAAAGUGAUGAAGCGAAAUGGUGUAAAGUAUUCUUGAAGUAAAUACUAUACCGCUCAAACAGGUUUUAAAUGAGAUCAGAACAAUGAACUAUUUCCAGACUUUCAUAGAUAUAUUGAUACAUUUUGUAUGAGAUGCAAAAAAAAAGGUAAAGCUGACAGCAAAGGACUGUGUUUCAAAUGUAUGUGACUCCCAAACCUCUCAACUGUUCUAUUAUUAAUAGUCUUGUUUUUGUUGUUGUUCUGUGACAUCAUUUGCAUUUUAGUCAAAUUUCCUUGAAGGCAUGGCUGUUUGUUUGUUUGUUUGUUUGUUUGUUUGCAGUACAUGAUGGAACAAAGUGAAAGCAAGUGAUCAUUCGUGUGUGCUGUAACAGGAGCCCUACCUCUUGGCAGGACUGGCUGGCAGUGCAACCCACACAGCUGAGCCUCCCUCUUACAUACUGGGUGUGCUCUGUUUGUGUUCGGGACCAAGAUGAGGUUCAGAGGCAUGGGGUUUCCAAACAAGUUUGGAACGUUUCUUUUGUAUCAGUAAACUCCUUUUUUGUUACUCCA